AUGACAGUGAAAAAAAUUGAAGCGAGUGAUAAGGAGCUGAAAGGAUUAUCCAUGCCUGUCAUGCAAGACCUUCGAUAUGUGUCCAACGUAUCACAGAAGCAGCUUGAGGACCAAUAUCUCUGUCUAAAGGAGGAGAGCGCACUCCUCAAACAACAUAUUCAUAUCAUAGAGCAGAAGCUAUACAGGUUCUCCACUAAAUUGUCAAACCUGAGGAACGAACAUUCUGGUUUGUCUGGGAGGGAAAAUAUUGACAAUAAAGACUAUAUUGAGGAGCUGAAGGACCAUGUAGUUACUCUGGAAAGCCAGAAGGAGGUGUUGGAGAGAAAACUUAGCAUGGCCAGACAGCAGAUCCCAGCUCUGGGUCAACAAGCUCACCAAAGUCCACAGAUGGGACAGAGUGUACAAGAGGGAGAAGCUACACAGACAACUCAAACAGUCCCAGUACACUAUUCGCUCAGCUCCAUGGAUGAUUACAAAAGACUUUUUACAGAACCAGAGGCAGUGAGAUUAACGGAGCUUGAACUGGCAAUUCAAUCCCUCAGAGAAACCUUUAAACUAAAGGAGAAAAAACUACAAUACCCUAUGAAAGAACUGAACAAACGGCAAGUUGAUGAACUUAGACUUUCCAUAAAAAAUAAUGUAAAUGUGAUCAGACUGCAGAAACAGCUGUCUAAUGAAAAGACUGCUCUUUUGGUCAUUAAGGAAAAGUUUACAGUUCUAAAACAGGCUUAUGAGACCCAGCUGGAAGAGGGCCAGAGGUCAGUGCAGGUGAACCAGGAGGCCUUGCUGGGAAAAGUGGGGCAGCUUAGUGAGCAAUUAAAACAGGAAAAACAGAAGGCACUGAUCCUAGAAGGUCAGCUUAAUACUGCCACUAUCUCGCUUCACAGCUUGGCUGAGCUCCAGGAGAGGGUCUCAGACAUUGAAGGGGAAAGAAAUAUCCUGAAGAGGAGCUAUAAUGCACUACUGCUUAGAACACUGUCUGGCCAUAGCCACCAGCAUGAACAUGAGAGUGAAAAAGAGAGUGAUGCACAGGAGGUGGAGAACUGUAAAGCUGAAAUGGUGGGAUUGAAGAAGAAGCUGGAAGAUGAAAAAAGUGAGAGAGAAAAGCUGAAUCAGGAAAAAAAGAGAGAUGUGGAAGACUAUGAAACAAGUCAAAUAGAAAGAGCACAAGAAAGGGCCUUGACCACUACCCUUAGAGAAAAACAUGAAUUCCUGGAGCAAGAAGUGCUACAAUGCAGACAGAAUGUGACAUCCCUACAAGAGAGACUAGACAGAGUAUCAAAAGAUUUUCAGACAGAUGUGGAAGACCUUAGUGAAAUCCUGAUGCAGAUAAAGGCUUUUCGUCUGCAGCAGGAAAGUUGUAAGGGUCUGACAUUCCUGGUGAGUAAUGAGAAGGUCAAGGACCAAUCAAAAGAGUUGGCUGCUCAACAAGUCUCUCAUGUGGAAACCAUACUAGAGCUGCAGAAAACUCGGGAAUUGUUGGUUAUGCAACAGAGGAUCAAUAAUGACCUGCAGGCUUACAUGAACAUAGAAAGGGAGAGAGCUGAAAGGGAAAGAGAAUGGAGAAAAAGGGAGGUCACUGAAAAAGACAAACUGUCACUUCAAAUCAACAGAUUACAAGAUCGGCUGAGGAACUUAACAUACCGUCCUGGAAAAGGCAAUCAGAAUAUGCCACAUCAAUACACAUGGGCACGUGUUGCUAAGGAAUCAGUCCAGAUUAUGGAGGGGAAUACUAUUUUAAAUGAGCUCCAGGAUGGAGGAUUCUUGCUUGAAAUUAGUCUCAUUGGAGCCACGUUCACUCCUGUCGGACUAAGACUCAUGAGAGAGCAGGAAGUUGUGGAUACCAGUGGUCCCCAUGAGGUGGUGACAUUUUGUACCUAUUCAUUCCUUGACUUUGAAACGCAUUCAACCCCACUGGUUUCAGGGACACAACCAAACUAUGGCUUUAUAUCCUGCUAUGUUCUUACUGGCAACAUCCCCACCAAGCUUGAGGAACAAAGGGUGUUUGCACAUGUUGAAGUACAUCAGGCACUAGGAGGAGUGCAAUUCAUAACCCAGGGCAGAGCAAGAAUCCCCCUAAUACAAGCACUACAGCACAGUGGAGAAAAAGUAAAAGGGAGAGUGAACAUUACAGGAUUCAAUGGGGAAAUAAUAGGAAUCCUGGAGUUCUGGCUCCGUCUGUUCUCUGAAGUGGAGGGAAAAGAUAUUCACAGAGACAGAAUGAUAGGAAAAAAUAUGGACAGCAUGACUGACCAUUUGCCGAUUCACAGAGCUUUAUACUGGACUCACAAUCAGCCUGAAGAAUUAUUUGAGCAUGGUGGAAGGUCAUGCAAUGAGUUGGUGGUGGUACUGGAACGUUGUGUGGGAGUAUGCUGGCAAGGACAUCAUCCCAAUGCUUAUUUAAUACAUCGCCUGUAUGAUCUACCUCCUCAUUCUAGUCCUUCAGUUUCAAGCUGUACAGCCCCUGCGUUUUCAAACUCUAACACUUACCCAUUAGUAGUUACAGCAGAUCUGAUUGAAUACCUAAAAGUCAGCAGCCUAUGGGUCUAUAUGACUGAUGACAGUGAAGAACAGAGUCCUACAAAUUUCCUGGCUAAGACACCAGUGCCACUGCAGGCUCUGAUAACUGGCAAGCCAAUUAAAGGUAGUUAUGUGCUAAGGGACCCUGCAGGGGUUCCUAGAGGCAUUGUAAGGGUGUAUAUCCAGUGGAGGUACCCAUUCAAGUCACCUGAGGCUCUAUCGAGACCAACACUAAAAUGGAAGUCAUUGAGGGAUAGAAAGCAGCUCAAAAAAUUUGAAGACAAAAAAAUGUCACCGAGCUCAGCUGCAAAACUGAAAGCAAUGGAACAGGAAGACAAGGAGAAAGGAGAAAAAGUUUCCCAGCCUAUUAGUCAGAGUGGUCAAAUGGAGUGUCAAGUUCUAGAGUCUUUGGAAUACAACGCCACCAGUGACAGUGAUGUUAUCAUUCCCCAGCUUGAAAGACCUGUCAAAGAGGGCUGCAGACUUAAAAUUGAGAUCUUAUCACUUUUGUUUGACCCUUCCUCAAGUGUUGCUUUAGACCAAUCUGUGCAGCAAGUUUAUGUGGAGUAUCGUCUCUUGGGUAUUCCCGUGGCGACCACAGAAACCCCCAUGUCUCUGAAAAAACCAACAGAGGGAGAAGAAAUACAUUUCAACUUUAGCAGAGUCAUUCAUGUUAACUCCAUGAAGGCAGCUCCUCUGAAACAGUAUGUCUAUACUAAACUGGAAAAGACUGAUGCUAAACAGGGCAGGUUAAAGUUCACUGUGGUCAGUGAGCCAUUGAAUGAGGAAGAUGAAUGCGUGGAUGUUGGCCAUGCUUACUUGGACUUGCAGGAACUACUUCUUACAGGAAAUGAUGUAACCGAAUGCCAAAUUGAUAUUGUCAGAAUUGAUGGUGAUCAGGAGGUGGUGGGCAGACUGAAAGUGUCUUUAGAGGCAGCACAAGCUUUAACAGGAAUCUCUUAGGAUUAUCCCAACUAGGAAGAAUGGAAAUAGAGGACAGAGAAAGAAAAUUGCCUGAUCCUAAAUGUAUCUGAAAAUCCUAAAUAAAUUCCUUGGCAAUGCCUGGUUGGUUAAUACAUGAUGUAAAGAAAGAAUAAAGCAGAAUAAAGCCUCCAAUGGAGUCCAUUUUCAUUUCUCAGUCUUACACAGUCUAUCCAUAAUUUGAAGUAAAUAGUAUAAUGUGCAUGUAGAUGUGCAGUAGCAUCAUUGCACAGGAAAAGCCAGUUGGAAUACAGGCAUUUUAUUAAAUGCAAGCAGUUACACAUUGUGUAUCAAAAUAGAAAUGUCAUUACAGUAUCUGACUCCUGAUAGUUGUCUAAGCACCGUCAACUUACCAGUGUAUUAAUCGUACAAAGGAUAUCCCAAAGCACCAGAAGCUCAUAAACAAGGGCUGCCAAAAGGACAACUAAAAGUAUAUUAUAUAACAAUAUUUGCAGAUUCAUACCCAGUUUAAAGUGAGCAUCUGCAAUUUUCUUGUUGAAUUUCUUGUUUUCUUGCAUUUUCAUUUAGUGUUUUAUCUUUAACCUGAACUUGACCUGAUUGAAUGUCAUUUUGUAUGGAUUUUACAAAUCUACUUUCAUCUUUGCUUCUCUCUCCUCACAUAAUUGUUACCCCCUUGUUCAUGCAAUCUCUUACCAACAUUAUAAUCUUUCUGUUCAUUCUCAGUGUCAUACCUACUGUAUUAAAUUUUCCAG